CUCCCAACACACAAAAAGCAAUUGAAGACAUUAGAAAAUAAGAAACAAGAUGGAAAAAAUAACAAGCAUUUUCGUCUUUCUUCUCCUAACUUUUUCAUGUCUGAUUACGAGGAAUGAAGGUUUUCUGUGUAAAAGUGUUGCAGAUUGUGAUCCUCGUUUGUGUCGAGUAGGAUCAGGACAUAUAAUAUGUAAUAAGGAUCACAAAUGUGAUUGUAGCCUGGGUUCUCUUUUUGGUGGUUAUUGUUCUAAACUUGAGGACUGUGACGCUUCUGAUUGUCCUAAACAAUCUAAACCUGUCUGCUUUAAACAAAUCUGCACAUGUAUUAUCAUCCCUUGAUUAAUAAGUCUCUAAUAAAUAAAAUAAUUUUAAUCUAA